AUGAACACCACCAGUGAGGAAUAUUUGGUGAAAGAUGCUUGGAAUGUGCUCCUGAGUAUUAACUCGACACCAAUCUUAAACUUAAGUAUGGGGGAGACAGACCAGCCACCAGGAAACCUAAUAGAUCAGACUAUUACUGUCAUUUCAAUCCUUGCUCUGUUCAUCACAAUGAUAUCAAUGGGCUGCACGAUGGAAUUACCAAUGAUCAAGCAUCAUGUUUUGAAACCGAAGGGGGUGCUGAUUGCAGUGUUUUCUCAAUAUGGGAUUAUGCCCCUAACAGCUUACAGCCUCGCCAAGGCUUUCAGGCUGUCCUCCAUUGAAUCUCUGUCAGUCCUGAUCUGUGGCUGUUGCCCUGGCGGAACCCUCUCCAACAUCUUCUCACUGGCACUGAACGGAGACAUGAAUCUCAGUAUUGUGAUGACCACAUGCUCUACAGUACUGGCACUUGGCAUGAUGCCUCUCCUUCUUUAUCUCUAUUGCAAAGGCCUAUCACUGGCAAGUAAAGUCCCAUAUAGAGAGAUUUCCAUAACCCUGGUCUUCAUGCUCAUCCCUUGUGGCAUUGGCAUCUUCCUCAAUGACAAGUACCCAAAGUACUCAAAGACAAUAACUAAAGCAGGCCUGUUCAUUCUUCUUAUCGCAGGAAUAAUAAUUGGCAUCUUGUCAGGAAUGUCAAUUGGGACCAGUCUCUGGAUGCUUUUCUCCUCUCGCCUACUUGCUACCACAGCAUUAAUGCCCUUUCUAGGAUAUACUUUCGGAUAUGUCCUCUCAUAUCUAUGCAGCUUACCGGAAAGGUGCCGGCGGACAGUUUCUAUGGAAACUGGAAGCCAAAAUGUCCAGCUGUGUACUACCAUCCUCAAAGUUGCUUUCAACCAGGAAGAUAUUUCUGCACUUUACUUAUUUCCACUCAUUUUCUUGUUGUUCCAAUUUUUUGAAGCAUUAAUUCUUGUAGUGAUCUAUCGAACUUACAAAAGAAUAAAAAAAUCGAAGGAACACAGUGUCAAAUAAUUUACAUGCCUGUAGAGAACAACAAUGGAACAAGGUACACUUCCUGAAGUUGUGAAACCUUGUGAGCGUGGUGACCUUCAAAAGCAGUAAAAUGGAGUCUUCCCCGCACAGACG